UGGUGCAUGGGCGGCUUUGGUCGCUGGGCCGUCGUCAUCUCGCAAAUGCUCGUGUGCACGAUGGUCCCGAUCGUCUUCUUGGUGCUUGGCGGCUCGCUCCUCACGACCAUGUUCCCCGACACGUACGACGCUACGACAUGGAUCGUCUUUAUGGGCCUCGUGCUCCUCCCGAUCUGCCUCGUCCCGACGCUCAAGGAAGGUGCUGGCGCCGCCGCCGCCGGCUGCCUCGGCACGCUUCUCGCCGACGGCAUUGCUCUCUACCUCCUCGUGGACAACGUGAACAAGAAAAACGAUGGCCUCUCGACGCCGCCGCCGGACCUUUCGUUCAAGAGCGUCACCACGGUGUUUGGCAACUUGGCGCUUGCCUACGGCGCCGGCAUCGUCAUCCCGGCCCUCCAGCGUGAGCACUCGGACCCCACGCGCAUGCCGCGUGUCAUCCUCGUGACGAUGACGUUUAUUUCGUGCUGCUUCCUCGCCGUCUCGGUCACGGGUGUCUCGGUCGUCGGCUGCCAGAUUCCUGGCAACCUCCUCUUUGCGGUCGCGGGCUCCAAGCUCGGCUUCUCGGCGUCCCGCGGCGGUGUCGUCCUCGCCUUCCUCUUCAUGCAGCUUCACAUUACGAUCGCGUUCGCUGUCAUUAUGUUCCCGGCCUUCUUCAUCGCCGAGCGUCUCAUCUUUGGCUUCCACAAGCACUCGUUUGAAAUUACGCACGAGACCGACAGCGCCUAUGUGGACGUCGAGGCGGUCCAGGAAGAACCCAAGAAGCCCGAGGCGCUCGAGGGCCCGGAUAUGACGGCGUCGUACAAGAUUCCCGGCAACUACACCAAGGCCGCCUGUCUCCGCAUCCUCAUUGUGGCCAUCUGCACGGCCAUUGCGAUCGCGUGGCAGGACCAUUUCGGCGACCUCCUUGACUUUGUCGGUGCGUCGUCGACCGCCACGUGCUGCAUGAUCCUCCCGAUUGUGUUCUACCUCAAGACGUUCAACGGCACGAUCUCGCUCUCGGAGAAGAUCUUUGCCUACUUUGCCGUCAUCGUCUCAACCUUCCUUGCGAUCUACGUCUCGAUCAACACGGGCAAGGCGCUCUUCGCGCCGUCGGAGGCCGACCCGUCGAUCAUCUUCCCGCACUGCGCCGGUGACUACCGAAAGAUGGUCUACACCAACACGACGUACUUCAACUCCAAGCGCGCUCUCUACGGGUACUAGUCGAAGUGCCUUGUCACAUGCUGUUGUCGAGUGAACCUAUACAUUGUGAGUGCAUAUAGUCCAUAUAUUUUUGCUUCGAA